GAUGGUCCUGGGCGCUGGGCGGGGUCCCCUGGUCACCGCUGUCCUCAGGGCCGCGCGUCAGUUCGGGGUUCGGGUGCGAAUUUACGCCGUGGAGAAAAACCCCAACGCCGUCGUCACGCUGGAGAAUUGCCAAUGGGAAGAAUGGGGCUCGCAAGUUUCGGUGAUUUCCCGGGACAUGCGGCGCUGGGAGGCCCCGGAGCCGCCGUUAUUGAUCCCUGAUCGGUUAUUGAUCAUCGAUCGGUCAUUGAUUAAUUAUCGGAAUCGAUUGCUGAUUAAUGAGGGGAUUUUUAAUGAUUAAUAAUGGGUUAAUUAGUGUUAAUUAGGGCUAAUUAAGGGUAAUUGGGGUGAAAAUAGAGUGGAAAAAUGGCCAUGGAGGGUGUGAGGGUGGUUAUUGAUCAUUGAUCAGUUAUUGAUUAGGUAUUGGAAUCGAUCCGGGAGGGUUUUAAUGGCUAAUUAUGAACUAAUUAAUACUAAUUAACACUAAUUAAGGGUAAUUAGGGCCCAAAAAGAGCAGAAAAAUGGCCAUGGAGGGUG